UUUGCUGUGCCCACACCACUGGCAGCAGGCCCCAGACACCUGCUCUACUUCAGGAGAAUGGCCGUUCUGCGCAUGCCGUGGAUAGGGCUGGCCCUGCUGGGGGUCCUGGAGGUCCUGCAGACCCAGGCCCAGGUCUCCGUGCAGCCUGACUUCCAAGAGGACAAGUUCCUGGGGCGCUGGUUCAGCGCGGGCCUCGCCUCCAACGCCAGCUGGUUCCGGGAGAAGAAGGCGAUGCUGUCCAUGUGCAAGUCGGUGGUGGCCCCGACCGCGGGCGGCCUCAACCUCACCUCCACCUUCCUCAGGAAAAACCAGUGUGAGACACGCACCAUGCUGCUGCAGCCCGUGGGGUCUCCCGGACACUACAGCUACAGGAGUCCCCACUGGGGCAGCACCUACACCGUCUCAGUGGUGGAGACCGACUACCAGGAGUACGCCCUGCUGUACAGCGAGGGCGCCAAGGGCCCCGGCCAGGACUUCCGCAUGGCCACCCUCUACAGCCGCACCCAGACCCCGAGGGCUGAGUUAAGGGAGAAGUUCGUCACCUUUUGCAAGGACCAGGGCUUCACAGAGGACACCAUUGUCUUCCUGCCCCAAACUGGUGAGGGGGGCCACUAAUCGGAUGCAGAGGGGAUUAAGAUAAGUGCACGAAGGAGCAAGCGUAGGUGACCCCUACCCUCAGGACUCCUGUGUUCUGCUUUGUUCUCCAAGACUCCAGCCCUGGCUCCCCCCACAGCGCCUCUGCCCCACAGCCUUUAUCCCGCUUUGAGAAAUAA